ACGCAACUGGCAGUACGGUAUCAUUGCUUCAGUUACCUUUAAUUCGACUAAAUCGUUUCAUCUGCACGCGGUACCGAGUGCAAACCUCCAGCAUCGACAUUAUGGCGUUUAAGAUGGUUGUACUGUUCGCCACCCUGGCUUGUGCCAGCGCUGGCUACCUGGAAGCUGAUCACCAUGCGGCUCACUACUCCCCCGCGCCUGCCGUCAGCUAUAGCUCUAUCACCCGUGAACACCACCCAGCAAAGGUUGCCAAGACUGUAACCUACGCCGAACCUGCAGUUCACUACGCCGCUCCAGUGGCCAAGACUGUGGCCUAUGCUGAACCCGCCGUACACUAUGCUGCCCCAGUCACCAAGACCUUGGCCUACGCUCAGCCAGCUGUACACUAUGCCGCUCCAGUUGCCACCAAGACCGUUGCCUAUGCUCAGCCCUCAGUCCAGUACGUCAGCAAGGGAUACCAAGUUCAUGAGCCAUCGUACACCAAGACUAUUGUUGCCGAGCCAGCUUACACCAAGACCGUCGUUGCUGAACCGACCUACGCCAAGACCCUGGCUUAUCAUGCCCCAGCUACCUACGCCGCCCCAGCCGUCGUCAAGAGCGUUGCCUACAGUGCUCCAGUCGCCAAGACCUACGUGUCUGAGCCAGUGUACUCCAAGACCCUGGUCUCCGAACCAGUCUACGCCAAGGCCUACGCUCCAGCUCCAGUCUACGCCAAGACCGUUGUCUCCGAGCCAGUCUACAGCAAGACCAUUGUUCAGCAGCCAACUUACCUGAAGACCGCUGUUGCUCAACCCGUGUACGCUCAUGCCGCUCCAGUUGUGGCCGCCAAGACCGUCAGCUACGCCCCAGAAGCCACUGUGUCCCAUGUUAGCUUCCAGGAUGCUAGCGCUCACUAUGCUUGGUAAGACGGAAUGGUACCUCAUUCUCUGCUAAUACUCAGCAUAAAUGCAAAAGUGAUAUGUACAUAACCUGAAACCGCCGUAAAUGUUGAACGAUUUUUGUUGAAUAAAUUUAAUUAUGUCAAUGAA